GCUCGAUCAAUCUGUAAGAGUAAGAGUACCCUCUUGUGAUCGAGUUUGUUUGUUCUUUUACGGAUUUUCCGGCGAGAAACAAUGUUUCGGACAUUGGGUUUUGGCAUAAGUACAAGCAUCCUUCUUAUACCAGCCCUUUUCCUCGAUAGACAACGGUGCACCGUCUCUGCAGCUGAGAAAAACGCAAAACCUAACAUAGCAAUCAUUGGAGCAGGCAUUGGUGGUUCGAGUGCCGCGCAUUUCAUUCGACAACUCUUUGGACCCGAGGCAACAAUUGAUGUUUACGAGGCAUCAGAUAGGAUAGGGGGACGUUUGAGUACCGUGGAAAUUGCUGGGAAAAGGUUUGAAUCAGGAGGAUCGAUAAUACAUAAGAGUAACAAAUACAUGGCAGAUUUCGUCGAGUAUCUCGGGUUAAAAAAACUGAAAAGCAGUGAACCUAACAGUCUUCUUGGAAUUUAUAAUGGGGAAGAAUUUGUCUUUUAUGGUAGCAGAUGGAAACUUGUGAAUUUCAUAAAGCUUGUUUGGCGGUAUGGCUUGUUUGACUUGUACACCAUGAACAAUUUCAUCACAGAAAUGUUAACAAACUUUUCAAAUAUUUAUGAUCUACAAGAAAAGGAACAGGCAUUCAAUACUGUGCCAGAAAUGUUGCGAGCUCUAGGUGGAGAGAAGUUCUAUGAGUACACACAGCAAACAACACGACAAGCUUUGGAGAAUAUUGGUCUUAAUCAAUUGUUAAUAGAUGAGUUAGUGACAGUUGUCAUGAGGAUCAAUUAUGGUCAAGAUGUGACUCUAAAUGGGUUUGCAGGAGCAGUGUCCUUAGCAGGAUCACAGGGUGGUCUUUGGUCUGUUGAAGGAGGGAACUGGAAGGUUUGCGAUGGAUUACUUUCCAGCUCAAAUGCUACUGUGUACAAAAACACCAAGAUAUCAGAGAUUGUGAAAAGAAGUCAAGGAAGUUCUGUAUGCCCUGUGUACACCUUAAAAAGUGACAGCCAAAUUCCAGAUCAGCAUUAUGAUGUUGUCAUUGUUGCAGCACCCUUAGAGAUUGCAGAUUACUAUUUUGAUUGCAAAGACUGCAACAACUGGCCUACUCCAAAAGACCUAGGAGAAUUUUGGCGCACAAUUGCUACUUUUAUACAUGGUCAAGUCAACAUGACUCAUUUUGGAUUUUCAACUGAGGAUGAUAUUCCAGAAGUGAUAGGCACAACAGAAACACCCACAAACUUUUUUAACUCUAUUGGCAAGCAGGAGCCUGUUGAAAACAGGACAGAAAUUGAUCCAAAGGAAUUGCCCAUUAACAAAAUUUUUUCACGCUCUAAUCUGACUGCAUUGCAACUUAAUAAACUGUUUAGCAGAGUAGAUGAGAUGAAGGUAGUAUCAUGGCUGGCAUAUCCACACUUUACCCCUCCUGAAAAGUUUUGGUCAUUUGUUUUGGAUGAUGGAGUGUUCUUUGUCAAUGCAAUUGAAUAUUCUGCAAGUGCAAUGGAGAUGUCAGCAGUUAGUGCUAAAAAUGCAGCUUUAUUAGCACAUCAUUACUACUCUGGCAAGCUAUCAGAUGCACACAUCAAUGACAAGCCCUCAAAUCUCAGGAGUGAGCUGUGAGAUUAGAUAAAGUAACAUUUACGUGUUUACUAAACUGUUUAAGCUUAUUUUCGAAUGACAUCACAGUAGCCUUAUUGGUCACUUAAACAAUGGUAUGGCUCCUGUGUUGGUAUAACAAGUCAGACCUUUGUGAUUUUUGAAUAUAUUUUGUUGUACAUGAAACUUUCUUUCAUUCCAAGAAAUCUCUAUGGCUGUCCACCAUGGGAUUGUAAACACAAAGAUCUACAAUAAAAUGCCCCUAUAAAAAAAUUGUAUACCAAACUCAAACGUCAAAUAUUUUUUCCACUUUAAUGACAACUUUUAACAGCUUUUAUGUUUUGAAAAAUGCUUAACAAUCAAAGAAAAUAUAC